AUGCAGAAUUUCCGAUCGUACGAGUCAUGAUUGCUCGGGGUAUAUCUGUCGAGGAAAUACCGUGAACGAUGCCUUCCUCGAAUCCUGAACCUCUUGAUAGUUCGACUCCGGCGAAGUAUGCAUUGAAGCCGUGGCAACAGAUGAUCGCUUCUGGUAGCGGUGGCUUACUUACCGCUAUAUUUAUGACGCCGUUUGAUGUCGUGAAAAUACGCAUGCAAGCUCAGACUAAAGAGUUCACGUCCCAUAAAUGCUUCAUAUAUUGCAAUGGAAUUACUGAGCAUUUAUGUGCUUGUGGGUAUACCCAUGAGACUGUCCCAGCGAGAAAAAAGUACAACACUCGAGCUGGGCAUGUUCGACUUCUGCCGCCGAAAGAUUGGUAUAUGCGACCGAGUAAAUUCAACGGUACCAUUGACGCCUUUUCGACGAUUGCCAGAACAGAAGGGAUUUCUUCUCUUUGGAGUGGAUUGCCACCAACCUUAGUGAUUUCAAUCCCAAAUGUUGUCCUGUAUUUUACGACGUAUGAGUAUUUGCGGGAUAAGCUCUUCGAUCUCCAUGUGGGUGUCGCGAGAUUGAUCUCGCGUUAUUCGCUGAGUGCUCCUUGGGGUACCGGUUUGGCUUACAGCGUGCGCGAUUUCUCCGCGACGAGGCCAACUGAAAAGCGGUACUCAAUUUCAGCUAAGCAUGCGGAGAACGGACGUGAAAAUCGAGAACUGCCCUUCUGGAUUCCGUUGACCGCCGGCGGUAUUGCGCGAACCGUUGCCGUCACAUGUACAAAUCCGAUCGAACUUGUCCGAACGAAGUUGCAGUCGGAGCGGUUGAGUUACAGAGAGAUCAGAAGUGCUGUGGAAUCUUUGCUGAAAGCAAAAGGCAUCACUGGCCUUUGGAUGGGUCUGCCUCCGACGCUGAUGCGUGACGUUCCUUUUUCUGCUAUCUAUUGGUCGUGUUUGGAAGGUUUAAAGACUGCCUUCGAUCAGAGAACACCGAACCCAUCGUUCAGCUUUUUCGCUGGAGCUUUGUCGGGAGGACUAGCAGCAGUUGUAACCUUGCCGUUCGACAUCGUGAAAACGCACCGUCAAAUAUCCCUGGGAGAUGCGGAACUUUAUUCAAGUAAACCGAAAAAUUCAAAAAAAAUGAUGACAAUCCUACGAGAGCUCUAUCGGGCCGAAGGCGUUAGUGCUCUCUUCACUGGCAUUACCCCACGGUUAUUGAAGGUAAUGCCAGCAUGUGCAAUCAUGAUAUCAAGUUACGAGGCGAUGAAGAACCUUUUUCAUCCGACGUGA